AGUUUGAAUGUUCUCAUUCAAAACAACAAUACUGCAUAUUAUUUAUUUUAUUGAUCAAUAUACUUUUUAUUUUUCAGUUAAAACAUCUGACAUCAAUGAGAUUCGGGUGCAAACUGUGAGGCGUGGAGAUAAUGUAACUAUCAAAUGUAGUGAAAACUUGCUGAGAGACAACAAAGAUAAUUUAGUUUGGUACAAGCAGAGUUUUGGAAAGGUGCCUCAGUAUGUAGGGAGAAAAAUAAAAAAUGCCUACAGAUUUAAUGACGCAUUUAAUGAUGGCCACUUCCAUAUUACUCAGGAUGAAAAAAUAUUUAAUAUUAACAUUGCUAGAACCAAAGAAGAGGAUGCAGCAACAUAUUUCUGUGUCCAAAUCCUGGAAAAUGUGAUGGAGUUUAUAUCUGGAACACUUUUGGUUUUUCAGGCUGAGAAGGCCAACCACCAGGCUCCAACUCUAACAGUUAUCACGAGUGGAGAGUCUGACACACUUCAGUGCUCAGUACAAGCAAUUACUUCAAGCUGUGCAGAUGAACAGAGUGUGUACUGGUUUAAACAUGGUUCAGGAGAAUUCUCGAAUACAGGAAUCAUUUACACUCAUGGAGACAGCAGUGAUCAGUGUAAGAAGAGCUCUGAGGCUGGUUUUCCCACACAGAGCUGCAGCUACACUCUUCCCAAGAGCAACCUUGGACCCGCUAAUGCAAUUUACUACUGUGCUGUGGCUGCAUGUGGAAAGGUACUCUUUGGGAAUGGGACAAAAGUUGAUGGAAAAGAAAAAUGCAUUUCAGAAAGUAACCACUGGAAUGUCAUUGUCUUGACAACAUCCAAUAUAAUAUCUGGUAUUAUAAUCAUUGUUCUGGUUGGAGUUAUACUUAAAAAUAGGAAAGGUGCCACCGAUAGCCAUCCAAGUCACACAAAUCAGGCCGAAGCUGAAAAUGACUUGAACUAUGCAACUGUGAGCUUUGCGAAGAAACCUUCUUCCUCCAGACUACACACGAGAGCCAAGACUGAUCAAGACACUUAUUCGGAGGUCAAAUACAGUAGCUAAAAGAAUGUGUGAAUUAUUCUCCCAUUUUAGAUAAGUUGUUGUCUCAGAUAAAAAUUAUUCAUGAUCAACGCAUGACCCAAAAGAUGGUAGGCAGACUCUACUGCUGAUUUUUAUUUAUUUUUGUCAUACAUGGUGUAAGCAGUUCUUAAACGAAUAAUGACUGUAAUAAUGAACCAUUACUUAUUUCACCUUGGCACGUGACCACUGUGACAAAAACAGAAAACCCGGAAAGUAAAUAUUGAUCAAAUAUAUACCGUUGGGUCAUAUACAUGUUAUGAAAUAUGCUUCACUUAUUUAUUAUUAUUUUACAUUCAUCUUUUUUGUCCUCCUAAUAAAGUUUAUAUAAGCCAUAUUGCAGUGCAGACCAUUGUCAUUUUUGUACAUGCAGUUAAAUAAUUCUGUAUUUACUCCUGACUUCUCUGGACUAGAAACCUUGCGUAUCUCACUCAAAAAAUAAAGAGGCAAUAAAGAGGAGCUGCAUUUUAUUAAAAUUAUACACUUAUUGCAAACACCAGAAUAUAUUGGGUGAAUGUGAUGAGCUGCAUAAUUUCUGGAUCUUUAGUUUUAUUAACCCACUAUAUUAGUUUUUGUUUUUGUUUCGGUUUGCAUGCUUUUUGUUUCUUAUGUUCUGUAAAGCUGCUUUGAGACAAUGUUCAUUGUUAAAAGCGCUAUACAAAUAAAAUUGAAUUGAAUUGAAUAUUAAUUAUAAGAAAAUGUGUCUCUGAGGCCUAGC